ACGAAUUUUUGAUUUGAACUCGCUGCGUCCCAUGGUCCGCCUCCGUAGUGUGUACACAGUUUCGUGUCCCUCCAGCGCUGCUACGAUCAUGUAGAUCUACUGCUGGUGCUUGUACAGCUAGCUACUCUGCCUGAGACUGUCCCUAAACUACACGUAGCAUUUUAUUAUGAUUUAGGCAUUUAGCGGAUUUGGCUAUGACUGCCCAGCCGGGUCAGGUUGUUCCGACACGCCUCUUCGGAUAGCUUGCAUGUUCUGUUGUUCGCCGAGGCAAUGCCUUGCGCAAGUUGCGGAGAUGCAACAGCUCUGUGGUUCUCAUUAUAAUAAUAAUAUUAUUUUUCUUUGCUAUUGCUAGCUUAGCCCGGUGACACACAGGCGACGAUAAAAUUGAGCACAGGGCGGCGGAUCAGCCGCUCUCAAUCUCUCUCAAUGUGUAGUGAAUUUACGAGCUCUGCUCUAGAAUCGUCAAGGAGAGUUCCAGGGAACUGUUUCUCAUCGUGAGGCCAUUCAGGGCCACGUGUGGAUGAAGGUCUAGGACGUCAGCUGGCUGGCCCUGACAUAGCACCGUCCUGCAUCAGCUUGCGCUAGUUGGGGUGUGUUGAAGCGCAUUGGGGCGGGAGUUGUACGCAAAGAACGGCUCGCUGUCGCCGGUCUAGCCAGGAUGGUGGCUGCGACUGCGACUGCAGGGCAGAGGAGCAGCUGAUCAAGUGACGACCACCCAUUUCACAGUAUUCAGCCAAACGCGGACACUGCAAGGUGGUGCACCGGCCACUGAGUGCAUUGACGGCCUUGUUAGCCUUGUUGGCAGUGAAAUAUGGUGUCGCAGGGUGUUGUGAUUGGUGCCAGCUCGGCCGUGGGCACAUUCGGCCUGCUAUGCAUAGCUACCAUCAUCUAUGUACUAUGCUGUCGCAGCAAGUCCAAGACUACUGGUGAACAGGCGGAGAACUACAAGGUGGCAUCGGCACCUAACUACCGCAUUGAUGCACCAGACCCACCACCCCUGGACUUGCAGGUGCAGACGAUCAACUCUGGUGAUGAUUGUGAUGGUUGUGAUGGUUGUGAUGGUUGUGACGAAGGCGGUGAUCAGGACGGCCAUGCAGCAGGUUUAAAGAAAGGACAUUACCCACCGUUGCGCACGUCCAUUACUCUACCGGCACUCAGCAGGACACAGCUUGGCAACAAGCCACCACGCAAGCGACCACUGAGCCAACCUUCACUGGAUAUGCACAGCACAGCCAUUGACGAAGAACCAAUCAGCGCGCCCGAUGUUCCAGGUCCGAGGGAGCACGGUGCCAGCAACUCACGGCUAUCCCAGGGACGACUCCGGAGAUUGAGGUCAAAGGAUUACUCAGCUCUCCAGCUGUCAAUGGAUAAGGGUGAUGAAGGCGAGAAUGAUUUUGGCGAUUUAGUAUCUUUCGAGAAGGGCUUCGCCAAGACUCUGGAAAGCCUAGGGGGCACACAGGAGCAGCAUGCCCCAUAUGGCCAACUGCAGAUCAAGCUUGAGUACAUUACUGCAUCGUGUGCACUACGAGUGCAUGUACUACGUGCCAUUGGCCUACCCGCGAUGGACAUCGGCGGCACGUCCGAUCCAUUUGUUAAAGUCCUACUUAUUGACACGCUUCAGAUAACACCAGCCGGAAAGGUGCUGAAGAUCGAGUCCAGUUGGAAGACUAAACACGAGAGCAAGACGCUGAAUCCCGAGUUUGAUGUCCAUUACGACAUGAUGUGUCCGCCGUCCAUACCUCUGCAGAGGCUUGGUAUCUUGCUGCAAGUCUACGACUAUGACCGACUGUCACGCAAUGACAUUAUCGGUCAUGCCUGGGUGCCACUUAGUGACUUAGACCUGACCAGCAUACCUACACUCUGGAGGGCUCUGGAAAGAGGCAAACAGAUCUCUACGGAGGAGGUGAGCAUUGCACUUGGUGAAGUGGAGGUAGCCAUUGGCUACAAGAGUCAGAAACGUCAAUUGACAGUGCUGAUCAAGUAUGCAAAGAAACUACCAAAGAUUAGUCUCUCCAAGCCACCAGAUCCCUGCGCUAAAGUUCGCCUCAUCUACGAGGACUGCAAAAUCGGUUCGAAGGAUUUCAAACCAGAGAGGAACGAUCAGAAUCCAACAUUCAAUAAGACGGCACAUUUCACACUGGAUGCUGACAUACCCAUUGAGGAGUGCGUGAUGACGGUGUCUAUAUGUCACCGCGAGGGCAUGACGUCCAUUCCGAUAGGUAUCGUCAACUUUGGCGUCAGCAUCCUGACCGACCAGGAUGCCAGCGGUCAGAACCACUGGAAUGACAUCAUGCAGAAACCGGCUGGUGAGCUCGUCUCCAAGUGGCACAAGUUGCACUCACAUGUGCAUGCAGCUACGUACAGCAAGAAGAAGAAGAGGGUGACAAAGUCGGAGUGUUGGAUACACCACACCGAUUCAAACAUGAUAUCAAAUAUGAUCCUCUAUGCGGCGGCAGCAGCAGGAGUUACGUUCUUCCUGUUACUGUGCUGCUGCUGCAUGUACUACCGCUGCUGCCGCAAACGUGGACGGCAGAAUUCCAAGAAAGCCAAACUGGAGAGUCAGAUCACCAAGUAUCGAGAGGGCUACGAGGUUCUAGCUAGCCCGUACAAGGUGCCGGGAAUAGCUGAAGAAACCUUACCAAUACAGGAUGCUAACAAAGAUACAGGCGGUGAACCAUAUCCGCCUCCAGCACAGCCAAGCAGCCAUUCCGCAACUCCACCUAUACGCUCUAUGUGGCCACAAGAUGAAGACACAAAGACAGAUAGCGGUACUUGGGCAAGAGGAAAAUCACUGGCAAACCACAAAGAUCCAUUAUCCAUGUCCCGGAAAGGAUCUGCAGUGUCGUUGAGCCCGCAGGAACUGAAAGCCUUACGCAGUCAAUCACUUCCACUGAGAUCACAACUAGAGAACUCAAACAUGGCACGGCGUCGCUCGUUCAUGGCACACGAAGUAGAGUAUGAUCCGCUCAAGGAACCCAGCCUGAAGUCACGCCAGAUUACAUCCCUGCCACCAUCUCUUCUAGCAUCGCUGUCUUCCCUGGACUCGGCCGGCUCCAGUGAACUAGGGUCAAAGCUAGGGCGUAUCCAACUGCGAGUAGAGUACGUAGUAGGACUUGAAGUGCUGCGCUUUCACUUGGUCAAAGCCGUGGAUUUACCUGCCAUGGAUGCAGGCGGCUCAUCAGAUCCUUACGUGGAAAUCAGCCUGAUUGAUACAAAGAUGCUCCUAGCGGACGGUCAAGUGUUGCGCAAAUUCUCCACCUGGCGAUCUAAGGUACACGACAAAACACUGUUUCCAGUGUUUGAUGAGCAGCACGACUUUGAGUGUCCGCAAUCUGUGCCAACCAAUCGACUGGGCUUCCUGCUGCAUGUGUAUGACCAUGAUGUCGUGUCCAAGGAUGACCUCAUCGGCCACGUCUGGUUCCCGCUGAAGGACGUCGACCUCUCACUGUGUGGCAAGAUCUGGAAGUCUGUAGAUCCAGGCAAGCGAAUACGGGGGAAUGCGCAUUGGGAGGCAUUGCUGGGCGAAAUUGAUGUAUCACUGACAUACGAGGAGGAGAAGCGACAUCUCGUCAUCACCGUCCACCGAGCACGCAGUCUACCGAUCUUUGGGGCAACACCGCCAGAUACGUCUGCCAAGGUACGCCUGUAUCACCGUGAUUACAAGCUAGCGUCCAAGGAAACACCCAAAGUGCGGCAGAGUUACAACCCAGAGUACAACAAGGUCUUCCACUAUCAACUGAGCAAAGAGGCCAACAUCCGACAGAUGCUCAUAUCCGUGACCGUGCUGAACACCGGUGUGCUCAGCAAGAAGCCCGUAGGGACCAUCAAUAUCGGAAUAGGGGCAAACGCUCACCCCACAGGGGUUGCUCAAUGGAGAGAUCUUCUUGGAGCAGAAGCAGCUGCAACGGUAUCCGCCACACACAAGCUACACACUCCUAUGCCGGUUGAGCCUGCAUAAGUGAUCAAUACUGGCAAUGCUUAGCCAGUACAACCAAGAAUUGACAUAGAGCAUGAUACUGCAGGAGAAGCUACAGUUUGUCCUCGGCAGCACACAAUGCUGGCGGAUCAAAAUCUUAGCAAUCCAUCUCGCCAAUUCAUGAACGGAAUAGUACUCUACAACCGGGCACCUUACUACUCUAGGUAUAUGAACAGCUGUUGUGAAUCCAAAUAUGAUGUUGACUUUACUACGUCAUACCCGUCACUAAUAAUUUAAAAGUGUGCAUGCUGGUGUAGGUACGCGUCACGGUGUGUGCUUCCGUGUGUGUGUGUUUGUGUGUGUGUAUUUGUGUGUGUGUGUAUGUGCGUGUAUAUAUAUAUAUGUGUGUGUGUGUGUGUGUGUGUGUGUGCACGUGUGUUUGUGUGCAUGUGUGUGUGUUUGUUUUGUGUGUGUGUGUGUAUGUGUGUGUGUGUGUGUGUGUGUGUGUGUGUGUGUGUGUGUGUGUGUGUGUGUGUGUGCGUGUGUGUUAUGGGUCCAUUCAAAGUGGUCGGGUGCCUUUCAGUAAUGUGUGAGAUGGCGAUGCAUAGUAACAUGGUGAGUUCUAUUUAUCAUCAGUGAAUUUCCUUAGAUUUUAGAACUACUUCGAAGUAGAUUUUAGAAGUACAUGUAUUGCAAUCUACUUUGCGUCAAGAUAAGAUGAGAUAGCUCUUUUAAAUCUGUUACUGUAGCUUGUCAACUUGGUCUGGAGUGCACAAACUAUACUUCAAAGUAUAAAAUAAUUGGCAUCACCGCCAUUCAUUGCCCUGUUAUCGGUGAUUUGUCUGCUACCGAGUGUGAAUGGCUUCUGCACUGCUUUGAUCUGUCGGCUGGUAUUUUAGCUUGAUCAUCCCUGGCAAUCCUGUUACACAUAACCCAUGCCUUUUGGUAAUCUUGUCUACAAUCAUGUA